CAACCAGAUCCAGACCUUUGCUUUUUUCUUUUCCAUGUCCAUCAGCGUAGUUGUCCGCAUGAAAAACAGCGUUCAACGUAGUACCUGCAGAAAUAGUAAAUAGGAAUAGCGACAACUUCACUACAAAAAGAAAAAGUUGCAGAAAUAACUAUAAAACGCAUUCCCACGACGAGCACGAACAACUUGUCAUUAUCAUACAACGAAUAAGUAGAUACCACUACUAGUAAAUCGCAGCUGGUAGACAAAAAUGAGCAAACUGUUGCAAGUUUCGGUUUGCUGGUGUGCCCUCUUCGGCGUUUCGCUUUCCCGUGGCCGAUCGAAUUCUGGUGCUCCUUCUCAACAGGUAGGAGAGCAAAAUAAUCCGGCGAGUGCACCAGCUGCCGGACCUGCUAGUACCAGCUCCGGACCUGAAUCUGCCGUAGGCGCCGUCGAAACUUCUACCAGGGAGCCAGAAGGGGAGGACUUUGUCCUGGUAGACGAAAACAUGCUGUCAGAUUUGGAGGACGACGGAGAGCUGGUAUAGUUGUUGUGGAUACACGCUCAUAUCAACAUUUCCAUCCGUAGGUAUGUGUAUCAUACAAUUUUCAUCUACAACCCCUGCAUAAUCUCCAUUUAUUCAUCAGUGUGUGUCAAUAUCUUGAAGCGUUCUUCUCCAAAGAUUCUUAUACUAACUUUAUCCGUCUUGAUCGCUCAUCCGUAUUUCUUACAACACGACGCAGGUAUCAGAACCGGAAGGGGAGCAGCAAAUUGACGACCCUAUGGAGGGCGUGGUUGAGGAAGGAACAAUCGCAGGAGCAACGACUGACACCAUCCUGCAAACCCCUGGGCCGCAAAACUACAACUUCGCGGCCUUUCACGACGAUGAGUUUCCGCUCCUGCCUCCGACGUACCACCAAGAUCAGGAAGAGCAAGCUGCUAGUGCAGCUACACCAGCGCAGGACGCAGUGUUGCACCGCAUCCCGAGCGUGUUCAGUCGCGGAAGCUUAUCACAGGAAAAACAAAGUGUUAACGUUAACGGUUUUCACAGAUUGCAGUCAUGCAUCACAAAUGUAGCCCAAUAUGCAUGACAUACAUGACAAAUUAUGACACGUCUUGUGAUGCAUUUCUGCAUCACAAAUUCCGCCAACGUUAACACUUUUUCUUGUGAUGAAGCUCCACGGACACCAGCGUGAGUCUGGACAACGGGCGCGCACAGGAUACGAAUGUCGGGACCAUUACUGCCAUUACUUCUACAGUCGGAGGACAAGAGCGAGCCGGGCUGGAACUACAGGAUGCUGGUGAGCAGGGAGCUACUGUCGUGUCGGCAUCUUCUUCAAAUCAGGACACUACUACAACCUCUUCGGCUGCGUCCAGCGCGAUGCAACAAACCACUAACACGGACGAGCAGGCUUCUUCUGCGCAAGAACUUUCUGUAAACACGGUGAAUAAUUAUACCGGCAGCGCGGCUGCAUCUUGUGCCGCACAGCCGUUGGAAACCCUGGCGCACUUUCUCGAUGUGGAAGAAAACGACGCACGCCUGUUGACCACCGGCGCAGGUGGGGCAGCUACCGGUGCAACGGUAUGGAUUGUAAAAAUGUCUGGGUCUGGAAGAGUGCAAACUUGUCAUGCAGAUUUUCCAUGACCCUUGAGGUCUGGAAUGCGGGACCUAGCAUGACAGAGUCUGUGGGGUCGCUCUCAUGCCUAUCCUGCAUGAGAAACUCCCUCUCAACUUGGUCGAAAGUGGACAGCUCUUGGCAGUCAUGCAACACAGUUUUUUGCCUGGUUCAGAUUUAGCAUGACAAGUUGCAUUCUUCCAGACCCAGACAUUUUUCCAUCUGAUAAACGGAGGACAGUGACAAUAGCGAUCGUUUCAUGAACGAGCGGGACUUUUUAUCAAACAAAAAAGUGUUAACGUUAACGGUUUUCACAGACACAGAUGGCAGUCAUGCAUUACAAGUUUUGCCCUUCAUGCAUGCUGCGCAAUACAAAUUUGCGCACCUUUUCUGAUGCAUUACUGCAUCACAAAUUCCGUUAACGUUAACACUUUUUCUUGGGAUACUUUUGGUGGUGGCGGCAGCAGAGUGACGAUGAAGAUGACGGGGAGAAUGGCGAGGAGACGACCAACGGAAGCGCCGAGGACCCCAGCUCCUACUAUUACGGCCAGGCCUGGGAGGCGCAGAAUGGCUUCGACGCACAGCAGCAGCAGCAACCCACCGCGUCCGCCUACAACCGUACAUUUAUACGGUUUUCACUGAUUUAGACUUUCGCUUUCCGUCGCUUGCAGGCAGUCAUGUAGACUACAUGACUAUGUAGCAUCGUAUGCACAAAUAUUAAGCUCAAGUCUGGAUUUGGAAGGAAGAAACACUAGCGUCUUUUUCUCGUUUCGUAUGUUACUUUCGUAUAUUUUUCGUGCAAUUCAUCAUUCUCCUACUAGAUCGAACAUCAAAAUUCAAAAUAACAGAUGACGAGCUGUCCACGCCGAUCAGCUACCGCCGGCAAGGAUUCCUGUCGCCGAGGCACGAAACGCACUUUGGAAUGGUCUAGGGUGAACUCGGAAGCACGACCACACGCAAAAAUGUCGAGAACUAACAAAACAUACGGGUAGCACGCGCCAAGGACUCAACAUUAGAAUUCAACCGCACUUAUCUUCUUCCGCACCGAUAUCAGAAAAACUUGCACUCCUGUUUAUCUUCCUACACUUUUAGUUCUUAAAAAUUUGUACGCCACACAUGAUAUACGCAGCAUCGUUUUCGUUUCAUAUUCGUCGUGUGUAAUCGAUUGAUUUUUUGACUCUGUGAAACUGUAACUUUCUGAAUGAAAAACAGCUUGAAACUUCUUUACACAAGAUGAAAAAUAGCUAGAGGAAAACCUCGAUUUUCUCUUUAGUUCUUAUCUGCGAAAGUCCUAAUUUUAUGCGAUGAUCAUGAUGGUUUUGAGUUUGAGUUUGACGAUUAUAGAAUACAGAACAUGUUGACAAUUAAGAAUCCACCGCGUGCUACUUUUCUUUCGUUUUACUGACCUGCAAAUGCACACAGAACUCCAACGCAUCGUAGUGUUGCCUAAACCUUUACCUUGAGAAUCUAGCCGCAUCGUAUAUGUAAAUGUUCAGAGCAGCGCAAAUAGCCG